AUGAUGAAGUCACCAAAGUUUUUAAUGAUAUGAAAGUAAGUAAAUCUUCUACACAAGAGGAGAUCAAAAAAAGAAAGAAAGCAGUUCUCUUCUGUUUAAGUGAUGACAAAAGACAAAUAAUUGUAGAGGAAGCAAAGCAGAUCUUGGUGGGUGACAUUGGUGAUACUAUAGAGGACCCCUAUACAUCUUUUGUGAAGUUGCUACCUCUGAAUGAUUGCCGAUACGCUUUGUGCGAUGCCACAUACGAAACAAAAGAGUCUAAGAAAGACCUAGUAUCUAUUUUCUGGGCUCCUAAAAGUGCACCAAUAAAAAGCAAGAUGAUUUAUGCUAUCUCUAAAGAUGCCAUUAAAAAGAAAUUUACAGGUAUUAAACAUGAGUGGCAAGUAAAUGGCUUGGAUGAUAUUAAGGACCAUUUGACACUUGGGGGGAAAUUGGGAGGCAAUGUAGUAGUUUCACUUGAAGGAAAACCAUUAUAAAAUGACAGUCAAGUGCCAUCUGGAUCUUAAGGAGCUUCCAUAUAUCCUGCUCGGUCUUGGAAUAGUAUUAGGUCUUGUAUUUUUGUUUUAUUUUUUGUGUUUUAGUCCCCUUUCCACUGGGCCUUUCCAACACAAUGAAUGAAGGAGUUAUUUAUUUAAACAGCCUAUCAGUGAUUGCCAUUAGACUGUUUAAAAUGUUACUUUUGUAUAGAACCUAAGGAACGCCUUCCUGUCAUAUUUUAGCCGAAACAACUGGUUAUAUGCCUCCCUUGU